AUGGACCCCUUCCCCUGGCAGAGCGAAGACGGCACCUACACGGGUUUCAUCAAAGUGCACUUGAAGCUGCGGCGGCCGGUGACAGUGCCGGCCGGGAUCCGGCCCCAGUCCAUCUACGACGCCAUCAAGGAGGUGAACUUGGCAGCCACCACGGACAAGCGGACGUCCUUCUACCUGCCGCUCGAUGCCAUCAAGCAGCUGCAUAUCAGCAGCACCACCACGGUCAGCGAGGUCAUCCAGGGGCUGCUCAAGAAGUUCAUGGUCGUGGACAAUCCCCAGAAGUUUGCACUUUUUAAGCGGAUACACAAGGAUGGGCAAGUGCUCUUCCAGAAACUCUCCGUGGCCGACUGCCCCCUCCACCUGCGCUUGCUCGCCGGCCCUGACACGGAGGUCCUCAGUUUUGUGCUGAAAGAGAACGAAACAGGGGAGGUGGAGUGGGACGCGUUCUCCAUCCCGGAGCUCCAGAACUUCCUCACGAUACUGGAGAAAGAGGAGCAGGACAAACUCCAGCAAGUGCAGAAGAAAUACAACAAGUUUAGGCAGAAACUGGAGGAGGCCUUAAGGGAAUCCCAGGGCAAACCUGGGUAACCGGUCCUGCACCCUCUCCUCCUGACGCCCUCCGAUUUAUUUUUAUUAUUAUUAUUUUGCCACGGACACUUUUCUCAGGACGCCUCUGGCGGGCGCGUUGUGUGCUCGCCCCGCAGCAGCUCCAGACGUGGCACAAUCUCCCUGGGGGACAGCUGUCUGUGUGUGGGGGUGUCACCCCCUUCCCCAGGGAUUCGAACUCCUGUUAAAAGAUCCGCCUUCGCCACUGUCCUCUCUCAAUCUGCAAGCCUUUCACCAACCAAACAGCUGCCUCUCUUGUCACCUAACUGGAGCCUGUCACCCUAGCUGGCACAGGACGGACGGAGGUUUUAGGGCUCCCUGUCUGGGCUCAGGCUUUCAUUCUCUCUCGUGCGUCUUACUCACUGCCCCCCGUUAUUUCUGGGUCAAGAGCUGGAGCCUGCUCCAUUCGCGGGUCUCAGCUUAGCCCUGAAAGCAGGUCAUGCUCGUGAAAGGAUGGCUCCUCUCUGGCCGGAUGCUCAGGGGAAGGCGCCCCAAAGCUGAGGGUGGCACAGAGAUGCCACAGCCAAGAGCCUGUGCCCUGUAAAUCCAAAGGCUUACGUCCGUGUAGGUACCGUACCUGUUCACGCCUGUCAACAACCUGCUCGUUCUUAAGUUUGAAUUCACUGUUGCCAUCAUCUUGUGUUUUCCACCAAGGGGAACUGUUUACCAAGUUCAAAGUCUCCUGCUGAGUAAGGAAAUCAGGCAGUUGGAGGAAGCCAAAACCACAGUCAGCGUCCCCCCAGUGACAGCGGGGCCUCUGGGUGCUUUUGGGCUGCCCCAGGAGCUGCCUAGAUGAAAGAGGCCACCCUCCGGCUUGCCCAUGUGUAGUCCUUUCUGUUCCCAAGCUCCCGGCCGGCCGCGCCAUCGGCCCAGACUCCCCUUUGACCUCAGUGCCUUUUUUGUUUUCGGAGACAGAGCAGGGUGUUUGAUGGAAGCUCAGAUGCUGGCCUGCUCCGGCCGGGCUGUGGACAGACAGCCAGCUUCCAUAUGUGGGAGACAGGCCAGGAGGGCCCUCCCCGAGGAGUAGGUGCCAGACCUUGCGGACAGGGUGCCUCGGAUUGCUGGCUGCGCUCACGCCUGGCUCCCGGGUGUCAGCUCAGGCUUAAAACAGCAAUGAACCACAUUCUUCAAGGAAGUCGCCAAGACUGCAGAGACUCCUGAGCAGAGAGCGGGCUUGCGGUUUUCCAGGUCACCCUGAGAGACCAUGACUUUGCUGUCCUCUGACUUCUCAAGCCCCAGCCUCCGUGGGGACCCUUCCCUCAGAACGGUCCCCGCCCGAGGCCCUCUUCAUGGAAGGACCGCUGACCCCCGUCUUCGGAGCUGCCAAAGCAAGACAGGCCAGCAGCUCGGAAACCUCUUCAGGCCACAGAAACCCCGCUUCUCUGCCAGCGCCAUCAGCUCGGCCUUAGGGAGAGUCCUUCCUCCCCGCCUCAUCCUGCAUGUCCCCAGGCCUGGCUCCUGCUGCCCGUGCUGUGAAUGCUGCUGAGGACCCCCUCCAACGGGGCGGCCGCUGUAUUUUUCAGAAGGAAAAAGUCAAGUAUGUGUGUGGAGCGAGAAAUAUAUCCACGUGUCGAGUUAUAUAGUUAUAUAUAAAGAUAUUAGGGUGUGUGAUGAAGUAAGAGAGUUGAGGGGCCCGAGUCUGCCUAAGGCACAGGUGGACCCCGGACCUCUGCUUACGGUGCGAAGGAGCCCCCUCCCCUCCCAGAGGCAGGCUGCGCCGCUGCUGGUAGUGCCUUCCAAGGUUGUGUGGCACGGCGGGCCAUUUGGUUUGAGGAUACCUUCUUUUUAAGUGUCUUUCUUAUAUGGGUUUAAAAGAAACAACGUAUUAAAAGCUUGUUGAAAAAAU